GCAACCAAACAAGAUUUCUGUUGCCUGGACAAGAAGAAGCAGAAGAAAGUCAUCUGAGAUUCGCAAAUGGGAGCCGACAAUCAAAAAUCCAUACAGGGGUGUGGUUGUCUGGCCUGUCCCCGAGAACAUGGAGAUCACUGUGACAUUGUUCAGCGACCCACGAACGAAUGACUUUGAAGAUAAAGAAUGGCUUUUUUUCGUUGAGGAUGUGGGUAGCAAUGGCAAGCGGCGCCAGCUGGCGUCAUGCUGUGUCAACAUGAAGAAGUAUGCAAGCAUGGUUCCGAGCCAGAAUGAUGUGCAGCUCGUCUUCAAGCCACUCAGUAAGAAGGUGGUCUCCUGCAAGCUGCAGCUCACCAUAUCGUGCGUGUUCCUUAGGGAAGGCAAAGCAACGGAUGAGGACAUGCAAAGCAUAGCUAGUCUAAUGAGCAUCAACAGGGAUAAUGAUAUCGGUAACCUUGACGAUUUCGAUGAGUCAGCUGAGCAGGCAGACAUCUCGGACGUCAAGGAUGCUGACACUUCUGCCAAGAUUAGUGAGAUUGCAUCGAAGUUUGGCAUGUGGGCGGCAGGCGAAGGUACGGUGGAUGAGAUGUCGUCAUCUAUUAUCAACGAAGAGGAGGAAUCUGCAGGGGAGGAGACACCGGAGGUAAAGCAGGAGGUGGAUGUACUGCCUCUGCAGCCAAUGCCACAGACACACAAGCCCGUUUCAUCUCGAGAAGCACAACCAAUUUUUGACCUGUGCAGACCUCGGCUUUCUUCCGAACAUGAGCCAGACAAUGUGUCACCAGAGUCUGAUAGCAACAAAGAGUCCGAGGACAUAACCCAGAUGUUUGAAAGUUGUAAAAAGAGAAGUGAUGAUAAAGAGAAGAAAUCUGCAGAUAAAUCAAACAGCCCUGAUUCCAAAACGAGUUCCAUCUUGGGAAGUCCGCACAAAAGAUCUGAUCCUGCCCUGUUACAGCCAUUGAAUCUAGUCACUGAUGUCGGCGAAGAGCCAGUGCCGUGUGAUACUGUUGCGACUCCUGGCAUCGAUCUGCUGGAGUGGUGCAAGGAGGUAACCAAGGGUUAUCCAGGUGUGAAAGUCACCAACAUGACGACGUCUUGGCGCAACGGCCUUGCCUUCUGUGCCAUAGUCCACCGUUUCCGAUCUGACUUAAUAGAUUUUGAAAACCUAUCACCUCAUGACAUCAAAGGAAAUAAUAGAAAGGCUUUCGAUGCUGCUUCAUCGCUGGGCAUACCGCGGGUGAUUGAGCCGUCCGACAUGGUGAUCCUUGCCGUUCCGGACAAGCUGAUGGUGAUGACCUACUUAUACCAGCUGCGCACGCACUUUACGGGUCGCGACCUUGAGGUGCGGCAAAUCGGCCGCAAGGCGACGGAAAGUCAGUACGCGGUUGGACGCAGCGACGAGCAUUCGGAGUCAUCCUCGUCGCGCGCAUCACCCGUAAAGGAACACGCGAAGCCAGAUCGGCACAGCUCGUCCAAAUCUCGCUCCCGCUCCCCACCGACGCUCGCUGCGAGUAAAACGAAGCAGGAGACGAGCGUCCCGGGAGGAGGGGGAGGAAGAGGAGCGAUGGCACCAUUAGUCGGUCAUGAGAGGAAAAUUCCCGUCCCGUCUAGUCUUGUGGUGCAGAAGCCAGGGACACCUGGUGACGUGAGCAAGAAGAAGCUGAUGACACGCAAGCAGCUGAUGAAUCCAUUCGACUCGGACUCUGAACCGGAGGAGCAUGCGCACAGGAGCCGAGAUAAGGUGUUACAUCAGAAGCACCGCCCGUUUGAAGGGCAACUAAGCCCUUCAGCGGAGGUUAGAGAAACUGACUUAAUGUCCAGUUCACCUAUCAAGGAGACGGACAUAAUUUCACCAUACAACCAGGACACCACUAUCUCGUGUGUUGAAGACAUGGCUAGUGUCUCUCCUUAUAAAGAGGAGACAGCCAUUGUCUCUCCUUUCAAAGAGACAGACAUAGCUUCUCCUCAAAUGGAAGAGACGGCAAUUGUCUCCCCUUAUAAGGAAGUUACGGCCAUGGUCUCUCCUUAUAAAGUGGAAACGGCCAUAGUCUCCCCUUUCAAGGAGGAGACAGACAUCGUCUCUCCUUACGUGGAGGAGACAGCAAUUGUUUCUCCAUAUAUGGAGGAAGGUGAAGCUGAUAGUGGUCUUGCUGGGAAAAGCGAGUGGAAUAAUGAUGUGAUAGAUGCGAUGGAUUCAAAGGAGUCAUCAAAUAGACAAGAUGAGCUGAAAGAGAGAGCAAAGUUGUUGCUGGAGCAGGCAAGGCGUGAUGCUGCCAAGCAAAGUGAACAACCAGAAAGUCCAGUUGACCAACCUUGUACAGAAGGGAUCAGCGUAGAGAAGGACGUAGAACGACAGAAGCAGUUAAGGGAGAGAGCGAGGAAGCUGAUAGCAGAAGCACGGCAUGGUCUACAAGGUAGUAAUACCUCGUCACCUAAUGAUGAGUCUCUAACGGCAAAUGCUCUGUCAACAAAGCAUGUCAACUCUACAGGGCCAAAGUUAAAAUUUUAUCAGUUCAGGAAAGCUGGGUCAGGAGGUCAGAGCUCACCCCUGUCACCCAUCCAGAAGCUGUCGUUAAAACCUGUGGGCGUAUUGCAACCAUCUGAACAAGAUUUGAACAGUCCAACGAAAAUAUCUCCGAAGACGAAUGUGCAACCGAACAAAAGACAAGCUAUAUCCCCAACAAAGACUUAUAACGUUAUCAAACUGAAACGACCGACGUCUCUGUCAGACGGACCCGUAGCAAGCUUUAAGCAGAGUGAGCUUCAGUCCCCAGAGGACUUUGUGGACACUAGUCAGUAUGUAAGCGGGGAGAUGCUAGCACUAGAAAGAGAGAUGGCUCAGAUAGAUGAACGUGCCACACUGGUAGAGAAAAAACUUCGUGCUGUCAUGGGAAAGAACAAAGAUGCAGAGGAAAAGUAUCUGCAAGAGUGGUUCUUGCUGGUGAACAAGAAGAAUGCCCUCAUUCGUCGACAGGACCAGCUAGACGUGCUAGAGAAAGAGCAUGAUUUGGAGACUCGCUAUGAACUGCUAAACAGAGACCUUAGACAAAUGAUGUCUAUUGAAGAAUGGGAGAAGACUGAAGACCAGAAGAAGAGAGAAGAGCUGUUGCUAGAUGAGCUUGUAAAGCUGGUGAAUGAGAGAGACAAGCUGGUACAGACCCUCGACAGCCAGGAACGAGCGAUAGAGUCGGACGAAGUGGUAGAGAACGAGUUAAACAGACGAGGAGUCCAGAUCAAGGAGGAGAAGAACUGCAGCAUACAGUAGUCGGUGGCUUCUCUAUAGGGGAAAGUUUGCAAGCAAGGUGUUUACAUUCAGGAGUAGCUCGCAUUAUGGAGAACCUGGAUUACAACACUGGACGUCGAGGAGCCACAUAUAUAUAGAGCGUAAAGCACCGGCAACGUAACAGUAUAAUAACGACAACUGCUUCUAUGUGCGAUACUUUCGGUGGAUGUGGCCAUAACAGAAACGCAUUAGGCCGCACAGAAGGAAAAAUACGCGUAUAAACACGAGAAUGGAAUGUGAAGUGGCUAAAUAGGAUAAGUAGCCGAACGGUUGUGAUUUGGAUUGUGAAAUAACUACAGUUAAUUCUGUCGCUUAUACGUGCACUUUCGCCAAUUCCAGCUAUUUGCUUCAGCAAAAAUAUGGCCAGUGUACUGUUGUUGACAAAAUAUGUUUGUGCUUGGUAGUAUGUGUCUUAGAGACGCGUACGAAAUUAUAAUGGGGGUUUCCAACAAUGCAGAUGAACGCAUAAAACAGUUGUAUAAAGACAUAUUGUACGCCACGACGUGCGUUACUCGUGGCAGUUCGCUUUAAAGAUGUGUGAACUCGUUAGUUCAUUGUUAUAUAGCGUCACAUAGCACUCACUGGUAGCGGUAGCGGUAGCGGCAACAGGAGCAUUCACGACAGCAGCGACAGCAUGCAGUAGCAGUAACAGC